UUUCGAUUUUUACUCGCAGUGAUAGCCGGUUUGAAUUUUAUAGUCAGUACAAAAGUCAGUACAAAUGCAAAAAAAAACAAGAACGGCGUUGACAUGGUAUACAACAUGAAAAGUAUACAAUAUCGGUGACGGAUAGUGUGAUCAGCCCGCAGCAACAACAGGCGGCCAUUCCUGAUGCCAUUCAAAAGAAGACACAAGAUCUGCAAAGACUGACCUCCAAGCUAAGUAUACUGCCUGCUCAUCAGGCUUAUUUUCUGUUGCGGACUUGUGUCGGUGUUCCCAAAAUGAACUAUGUGCUACGUGCAAGUCCAACGUGGUUGUGCGGAGACGAACUUGAUGUAUUCGACAGCGUUACCAAAUCAGCAUUAGAAGCUAUAACAAACGUUAAGAUUGACGGUAUCACCUGGGCACAGGCAUCUCUCCCUGUUUCUAGUGGUGGGUUGGGGAUCAGACGUGUUGCAGAACUAGCUACUCCAGCCUAUUUGGCUUCGGUUCAUGCCACAUCGUCUUUGGUCUCGGCCAUUACCACUGGAACGGAGAGUUAUGACUUGGCGCUUCAGAUGUGGCAAGCAGCUGCGGGCGCAGAGCUGCCCCCAGAAAUUCUGCGGCGCACACAGAAAGUUUGGGACAAAGCUCUUGUCCAAAAGACUGUGGAAGUUAUCAAAAACACGUUUUCAAAUGAUGUCACUCACUGCGCGCGUUUACUUGCAGUUGAACAGCCGGAAUCGGGAAAAUGGCUGAACGCUCUACCUGUUCCUUCCCUCGGAACCUUGAUGUCUGACGAGAGUUUCCGUGUUGCGGUUGGACUAAGAAUCGGCGCACCAAUCUGUAAUCCUCAUCUCUGUAUUGACUGCCGUCUACCCGUGGACGAAUACGGCCACCACGGACUAUCCUGCAAAAAUAGCGCCGGGCGAUUCAUACGUCAUUCGUCACUGAACGAAGUGAUUCGGCGAAGCCUGGUCACCGCCAACACACCGGCGGUACUUGAACCACGAGGGACUAGCGACGUGAAUGACCGACGGCCGGAUGGUGUAUCACAGCUGCCUUGGAGAAACGGACGACGACUUGCUUGGGAUGUCACAUGCGUGGACACAGUUGCAUUGUCCAACGUCGUCAGCAGCAGCAUAAAAGCUGGUGAAGCGGCCCGGAAAGCUGAAGAUGAAAAACGCCGGAAAUACGAAUAUAUGGCACACGAAUACGAGUUUGCUCCGUUAGCUUUUGAGACCUUCGGUGUAUCUAGCCCAGCAUGUAUGAAGUUUCUGCGCGAGCUGGGCGCGCGGCUUAAGAACGCUACGGGAGAAAGACGCUCUUUUGAGUUUUUACUCCAGCGUCUUAGCAUUGAAAUACAGAGGGGAAAUGCUUUGUCUGUUACGUCGACCGUCCCACGUUCGGAUGGUCUUAAUGCUGUUUACUUUGUUUUGUAAUGUUUGCUAAUGUGAUGUUUAAAAUUCUAGCUAAUAACCAACUCAAUAAAAUUAUACCCUUU